UGUUGCUGGUCAUACACGCCACGCGCGCGAUAUAGACGGAGAGGGAUAGCCAGACAAAGAGAUGCUGGCUCCUAUGGUGCGAGGAGGCCUGCAGAGCCUGGGCCUCUUGAGCCCGGAGUGGCCAGACUGGGCGGUGGACACAUUCGUUUCGCUGAGCCUUUGCUGCGCGGUGCUGGUGGCGGCGCAGUGGCUGUACGACAACAAGCAGCGAUCACCGCCGCCAUCAUCACCAUCAGGAGUUGAUGGAAGGGAAGCAAUGGGGGACAAAGCACGGCAAGAUUGUGUCAGCGAAGUUGUGGUGGGGUUGGCGGCUCCCGCGAGAUUCCGACGGUUCCAGUACAAGUACUUGGUGGUGUACCUGACCGUCAUGCUCGCGGACUGGCUUCAGGGAACCAACAUGUACACGCUCUACCAGUCGUACGGAGUGGACGUGGGCACUCUGUUCCUGACCGGCUUCAGCUCGGCGGCGGUCUUCGGAACGUUUCUCGGACUGUUCGUGGACCGGUUUGGCCGCCGCAAUGGGUGCAUCGUCUUCUGCCUGCUGGAGCUGGUGAUAAACACCCUGGAGCAUAUUCCGGACAUGCGGCUGCUGCUCUUGGGCCGAGUCCUGGGGGGCAUUUCGACGUCGCUGCUGUUUUCGGCGUUCGAGAGCUGGAUGGUCAGCCAGCACCGCAAGCAGGGCUUCCCCGAGGAGUGGCUGGCGAGCACCUUCUCGGCGGCGACCGUUGGGAACGGCAUCAUGGCCGUGCUCGCUGGGGUCGUGGCACAGGUCGCGGCCGACAAGCUCGGAGACAUCGGGCCAUUUCAGGCACGCAGAGCAGCGGUGGCCAUCACCCUGACCCUCCUAGCCCUGAGCCUCUUGAUGCUGUGGGAGGAGAACUACGGCUACGGCGAGGAAGGAAAGGCUCCGGUCGUCGUCGCGAACGGUGACGGGGUCACGACCAACGGUAACAACGGCCGGAAAGAAGCCCCCGCAUCCACCACCGCGGACGCCGCAAACGGCGGCGGCGGCGGCGGCGGCGACGCCUCCGUUGCCGCCGUGGCGCCGGCACUGGGCGCCCGGCACUGUAGUGAAAACGGCGGGGAUAACGGUGACAGCAAUGGUGAUGGACCUUGUUGUAGCGGGGGGGGUGGCGGCGGUGGGGGGGCGCCUGGCUUGCGGAAGUCGGUGGCGAUGGCGUGGGAUUGCAUCGUGUCCGACCACCGGGUUCUGCUGCUGGGGAUGGUGCAAAGCCUGUUCGAGGGGGGCACGUUUACGUUUGUGUUCAUGUGGGUGCCGACCCUGCAGGGAGUUCUCUCGGACGGCGUUCUUCUUCCCACGGGGCUGAUCUUCUCGUCAUUCAUGGUGUGCAUCACCAUCGGGGGGGUGUUAUUCUCCAUCAUGCUCAGAAAGCUAUCGGUUGAGCUGGCGUCGGCAUUCGUCUUUUUCGUAGCGGCGGCGUCGAUGACCCUGCCAGCCGUGACCCGGGACUUUCAAACGGUCCUGGGUGCCUUUCUCGUGCUGGAGACGUGCGUCGGAGCGUUCUACUCGUGCUCGGGUCUCAUGCGCAGCAGGUAUCUCCCGGGAGGGCUCCAGUCCUCCGUGAUGAACAUCUUCCGCCUGCCGCUCAACGUGCUCGUCGUGGUAGGCACCAGGGUCACGGAGAUGGCGGAGCCCGAAACGGUGUUCCUGGUGAUAGCCUCCUGGUUCUUGACCAGCGCAGUGCUGCAGCUUAGGCUCAGCGCGUGCGCCGCUGGCCCGGCAGCUGCCGGCGGCGAUGAGGAGAGGAGAAAGGCGAAGAAAUCCGACUAGCCUGAGGCUGGGUUGAUUUCGCUUCGGGCGACAUCGAAUGGAGGGGGGUCAGGGGGGGGGGUACUCACGCCUUAGUGGUUAGACCGUUUUCCUCGAGCUGACGGAGCAGAAAAUUGUGGUGGCUAUCACCGAGGCACGUCGUAGUCUCAUGCCUUAGCGGUAGAGACCAUUGGCCACGCGUCCUCGAGUAGACGGAGCAGAAAAUUGUGGUGGCUAACACGGAGAGUGUCCUGUCUAUUUGCGUUGUGAGACCAGCUUGAGUGGCCCAUGAUAUACUAUUCGGCGCUUUUACGCACGCACCGGCCACACGCGGCUUUAAGGUUCGGGGAGAGAAGGGGAGUCAAGUCCGCCCAUAGCUGAAUGGCACCGUACGUGGUGCCGUAGGAGCAGUGACUUGCCGAAUGGCACGGUUGUUGGACCGUUUGUUGUUGUUGGUCCAGAUUACCUAGGAAUUGGUGCCUUGACAAACAAGAGAAUGGCGGCGCUGCUCCAGCUGAUGAGGGUCUAUCUAGUCCGACCCCUACUUUCACGCGUCUCCCGUGUUUGUAGACUUGCUACAUGCGUUAUUUUUUUGUAUCUUGGCAAAACUGAUGUCACGGUUCAUACUUACCCUUGCCGAGUUGGGUAAGGCUACUCCUCCGCCAACAAAGCGGGUCAGUCAGAAGUUGCUGCGCGGCUUUGGGCGGUGAGGGAGCAUGUGCAUGCCAUGUGGGACGGCAUGUGAAUCGUUGCUGGGCGGUGGUGGGCGGGAGGGAGAGCAUGCGAACCAUAAGGAGUGGACUGACUCUGGAAUAUCGAAACGUCGGUAUUUUUUGUGUCGGGUGAUCGAUUCAACGCCUGUUGGGGUGUGUAUAUUUUGUGUUGAGAGUGGGUUUAGCUUGUGGCCCAUUUUUGAGACAAAAACGUGACUCCCUAUUUUCUAUCGUGUCUUGUAUCCGUUCGAGCGCAGAGAGUUUUUGCCAGUUUAGGAAGGCCGCUACCUAGGGUUAGGCUUCAAUACUCACUGGAGCUCCGCCCCUGCCCCCCACACGCUCUCCUCUUGUUCGGUGCGGGCGUUGUAAGGGGUUUACUUUGCCCCUGUUUUGCUGCCUUGGUCUGGAUUUGAAUUUACAAGUAUUCCUUUCCAGGUGUGUCCACCAUGAGUGCUAGGCGGAGGAUGUUCUCUUACUCGAUCAGGAGGGCGGGGCUACCCUAUUAUUUGCGUGUUGUCUCUCAUGGUUCGCUUGACCUGCAUGCCUAAAAAGCGAAAACGUUUCC